UAGUACAGUCAUAAAUUGGAGACUUGCAUCCAAUUCAUUAGAAACAUGAGUGAAAAAAGUGUUUCUUCAUUAAAAAGUGUAGAAGAAGAGUAUGCAGACUUCAUAAAGGAGAGAAUUCAGAAAUCUGGUGGAUCAAUUCAGUUUCAGCAUCUUACUGGUCAUCUUUCUCAGCUUGAUUUCAGAGUAAGAGAAGCUUUGGGUACAAGUAAAUCAGAGCUGAUGAAAUUCAUCCGAAAGCAUAAAAAUUUGUUCAGUAUUGACGAGCAUGGUAUAGUGACAGUAAAUUCAUCCAUUAUUUCAGUUCAGAAAGAAAAGUCAAAAAAUGGUUCUUAUGAUAGCAGUUCAGAGUCAGGUGGCUCAUUGCCUUUUAAUAUAAAUGAUGGGGAAGGCAUUGUUGUAAGAAUAUUUCCUACUUAUGGUUUUAUAAAUGCACAGAAACCUUUCAAAACAUCAGUCUAUUUUACACCAGCCAAUUUUAAUGACAAAGAGAAAACUCUUCUUACAGAUUUUAAUGGACUUUUUAUUGGACGUAAGGUUUGUUUUAAUGCUAUAAAAGGAAAUAUGAAUUAUGAAAGUAAAUAUCGAGCCACCAGCGUAUGGUUUGCUCCUGUUUCUGAUGAUGAAGAAAAACCUACUAUUCCUAACACACGUAAAAAACGUGAAACUGGAUUAUAUGAUGGAAAUUUUUUGGACGGUUUUGGUGAAAUACAGAAAAUUUUUCCUUCUGUUGGAUUUAUUAUAAUUGAUGGUGACAUAAAAAAUACAGUUUUCUUUCACAGGCAUAAUGUGUGUAAAUUUAAAAAUGUUAUGGAUUUAACUAAAGUAUUAAAAGAGGGAGAUGUUGUUAAUUUUAAGGCUAUAAGAAGUACAAAGAAAGAGGCAAGAGCUCGUUGGGAGGCGACUCAAGUAUGGCUUAAAAAGGAAAGAAGCACUAAAUUAAAAAAUGGUGAUUUAGAUUCUGAUCUAGAUGACACAUUAGAUGUUGAGAGUCGAAAGUCAUCCACACAAAAUAGAUCGCUUAAAAAAGAAAAUGGUGAUGUAAAAAAAGAUAAAGCUACUCCUCAAAUGAUUAAAAAUACUGCUGGUAAAAUUAGCCCUAAUAACAAAGGAACGGUAAUUACAUUUGGUAAGAACCUUGAAGAAUUAGUUGAUGCUGAUUCUAGUCUUUUUUAUGUUCAUGGUAAUCAAGUGACAGAUGUAUGUUGGGAAUUUUCUGAUGGUCAGGAUGUGUAUUUUGAUGCUGUUGAAAUCAAAUCUGCACCUUAUUGGAAGGCUGUAUUGGUAUGGGUUGGUGAAAAGCCAGAUGUAGUUUUACCAACAUGUAUAGGUGACUUUAGUGCAUUCAUAGAUGAUGAUGAUGAUCUUGAUGAUAUACCAGAAUCUGGUAGCUGUACUUCAAAGACAUCAGAAAUUUCCGUGUUAUCGGAAGUUAGUAUUGACUCUUCAUCCAAAAAAUCUGAAGAUUUUAAGCAGAAUCAAAGAUCAAGUUCUUAUGAUAAUCGACAAAAGUUGGCCGACAAAAGUUUUAGUUCUGAAAUUCUGAAAUCUUCAACUCAUUCUUCACAGCGAUUAUCUUCUAAUGCUAAUUAUGCCCCUUUCAGAAAAUCUAAGGAUUUAAAACAGAAAUACUCUUUGGCUGGUUCUGGGGAAAAGAAAAAGUAUAGUUAUGCCCCUCAUUCUGAUAAUGAAAUUUCAAAUUACAGAAAGUCUUUCGAUUCUGCUGCUAGUCUCAAUAAAUCAGAUCUUAUUCAAGAUGAAUUGCCACCGACAGGUUCUGAAGAAAAUGUAGAAAACUUUAAAAAAUUUAGUUUUUGUGACAGUUCAACUUUAGAUCAUUCAGAAACAUUGAACUGGGGUGAUACACCCUACCCAGAUGAUGAAAAUAGUGAAAACUUAGAUACUGAAGUAUUUGAAGACUGUAAUCAUAGUGUUUCUGAUUCAAAUAACUUUAAUAAGGAAAAUAAGCAAAAGGAAAUACCAGAAACAAAAAAAGACCUAUUAUCUGUGGGUAAUAAAUUUAUAAAGGUAUUUGAAGCAAAAGCAGAUGCACAUAAUCUUGAAGAGAAUUAUGCAAAUAUAGUGGUAGAGUCUGAUUUAAUGAAUGAACCGGUUGCAUCUGAGUCUGAAAAGAAAGCAUCCAUUAAGCGUUUUCAAGAUAUUGAUGGUAAAAUAACGAAAGUUUAUCACAGGUAUGCUGAAAUGGAAAAUAGCUUGCUGAAAAAACCUGCAGCAUUCUUUUGGAAUGAAUUAUAUCGAAAUGGAGUAUCUGUUUUGGAUCAUUUUGAUGAUUUAAGAGAAGUUAUAAAAAUUGGAGAUAUUGUUAAAUUUGAUUGUUUUGAAAUAGUUGAUGAUUUUGGAGAUUUCUGUCAAAAGGUGACUGUUGUUUGGAGUGGUCCAAAACCUAAAAUUGAACUAAUGACACCUGAACAGUAUAUAAAGCAGAAUAAUAUGUCAGUUACUAUUGUUGAAGCAAAAGCAGAUGAAAAGCAAGAUGAAGUAAUAUCUGAGAGCAUAAGACUUCUUAACAAAGAAAGUGAAGCACCUCAAAAAUUUUUAUCUGUUGUUUAUAGUGAUGAAGUAAGUAGUGAUACUGAACAGAGUGUAUCAAUACACUCUGAAAUGAACAGUCUAAAAGAGCAGGCAUCAUUAUAUCUUUAUCAGGAAAAUGCAGUUUAUAAAUCAAGGUAUGUUUCAGAACCAAAGGAAUUAAAUUAUGAUGUAGCAUCAUCUUCAACUUCAAACAGAAAGCAGCUAAUUGAAACUGUCUGUGAAAUGAUGGAACAUAAGAGCCUGUUUUCUGCAUAUUCAAAGGUAUGUCUCUCGUACUUCUUUUAUUUUAUAACUGUUUGGAUAUUUGUUUUUGAAGUUUUUCAUGUAAUACUGGUGAAUCAUUCUAGUAAAAUGCAUUAA